CACCCAGGUCGAAGUAUGAGUGUACAGCGAACUUACCGCUCGACCACUUGUGGACUCCCAAAAAAAGCUUUUCAAAUCAUUCUGGUGAUAUCUGAUGAACCCAAACUUGUGAUCUUUCCCAAUCAGAAUUCAGUUAUUAUUCCUGCUGGACAGUCUUAUGGCCUUAUAUGCAAGGGAGAAUCGGGAGACCCGGAUGGGACUUUCACGGAAAUGAAAUGGAUCAAUCCGAGAGACGAAGAAAUACACGAAGGGAGACCUGGCGUCCACUUCUUCGAGAAGGAACUGAAGUUGUCAUUUGUCACGCCGUCUGUAGAAGACAGCGGAAUUUACAAAUGUACGGCUCUUUACAGCAACACUCUGACUUUAGAAGCUGAAAUUACAAUUAAUUUUUAUGAGGGUAUUCGCUUUGAAGACUGUCCCGAAGUUCAGAACUUGGUGGUGGGCAAGGAAGGGCGGAUCAAAUGCAAGCCCAUCGCCAAUCCCAAGCCAACCAUCAACUGGGAGAAAAACAAACAACGAGUCAGUUCCGAACGUUUUUCGAUCUCUCCGUCAGGCAUCAGCAUCUCCAGUGUAUCCCAAGAGGAUGCUGGCGUCUAUACAGUGGAAGCCUUCGUGCCAGCGACUGGGAAUAACAAGUACCGGAACAUCACUGUCAAUGUCUUAACUCCACCAAAGAUAAUCGAGUUACCCGAGAACGAUGUUGCCAUUCAAGGAGAACAAUAUACGACCACCUGUAGAGCUGAUGGCUCGACUCCCAUAAAUUAUUUUUGGUAUGAUCCGGAAUCCCGAGACUUGAGUGCUGUCGAAGGAUACAGAGUCGAGGAGGGACGAUUAACUAUAUCCAAAGUGGAACGAAAUGCAGGCGGAAAAUACAAGUGCAGAGUAGAAAAUCCUGCCGGAGAAGAUGAAGAUUUCAUGACACUGGUAGUGCAAGUUCGUCCACGGGUUGUGCAAUUCGAUAAUCAAACAACGGAAACUACAAAAAGCGCUAUCUUGGAAUGCAGAGCUGAAGGUAUACCAAGGCCGUCUUUAGUUAUUAGAAAAGAAAAUUCGGAACCUAUUGUAAGCGGACAGAAUGAUCGCAUGGAAUUGGAAGACAUCGAAGAAGGCGACGACUAUAAAGUGCUUCGGCUUCGAAUCUCCGAUGUGAAACGAUCAGAUGACGGUUUGUAUUAUUGCAGCGCUACAAAUGCAGCUGGAAAUGCAGAGAAAGUUGGACAUCUGGAAGUCCAGUUUCGACCUGACAUGAGUUUAACGCCCUUAACGAGAGUGAAAGCCUGGUCAGCCAAUCCGGCCAAUCUGUCCUGUAUUGCUGAAGCGAAUCCCAAUGCUACCAUCACGUGGAAAUUCCAAAACGAGCCCGUUGAGCACGGAGAUGACAGAUACAAAUUUUAUGGAGGAGUUUCUUACAGCAGUCUGUUGGUGUUGACAGAAAAAAGAGCACAGUAUGAAGUCUUUGGUACAUACACUUGUGAAGCUCGCAAUAUUCUCGGCGAAAGCUCUGUCGAUAUAAUUUUGGAAGAAGCUACUACUCCUGGACAAGUUACACAAAUUGUUUUUGAUAAAGUUACCUCAACAACUAUCACUUUCGUUUUUAUGGGCCCAGGAAACGAUGGAGGGUUGCCAAUUACUACUUACAUAAUGCGGUAUAAAAAAGUUGGAGAUCCUGAAAACACAGCAAUUACUGUUGAGUGGACUGCAGAUACUCCGCACAUUCUCGGUGACUUGAAACCAAGGACUAAGUAUCAGUUUAGCGUCGCUGCUCGCAAUGUGGUUGGUGAAGGUCCAUGGAAGCAAACGGAGUACCUUAUGCCAGAAGAAACUGUUCCCGAGCCUCCGGCAAUUAUCGCAGAAAAAGACACAAUCCCCAUUUCACAAUAUCCGGACCGAUAUGAAAUACGAUGGGAGGUGCCCAUUGAUAACGGAGAACCUAUCCUGCAGUUUGGCAUAAGAUACUUCGAGGUCGAAAGAACAAUUAAAGGCUUUGUUAAAAAAGGCGAUGCUGUGGAAAAGAUAGUUCGCAACUGGGAUAAAAGUCCAUCUAUAGAACUCGCAGGACUCUCAGCAGACACACACUACAAAGUUGAAAUUAGGGCAACUAAUAAGAUUGGAAACAGUCUUCCUGAGACAAUCGUUUUCCGAACCGGAGAAGGCGAAACUAACGAUGGUCAAACGAGCGUGAUGGACAAAGAAGGCAUCUCAUUACCAGUGAUCAUUGCCAUUGUUCUAGUGGCCCUCUUCAUCAUCUUGGUUAUACUGGAUGUCACGUGCUUCUUCCGAUUCCACUGUGGUCUUCUGUAUCUGUUGCGUUACCGCACAUGUGGACGAUCACCAGAAAAAGAGCAAGGGAAAUUAGAAGAUGGCAGAGCUUGUGUUAAGGAAGUUGCCAGCGCAAACAACGGCAAGAUAAAACAGGAAUUAAAAUCUCCGUCUUCUCCAGAUCAGCUGCCACCACCAGAUAAAGGAAAACUGCGUAAUGAUGACAAGUCUCAGCGCACACAGAAUCCUUUCGAGGAGGCACCCAUGCUACCAAUGAGAAGAUGAAUGCUGAAAAUAUCUCGGCCUUUUUGGGAAUAGGGAUGCUAGACCUGUCGACCUUAUCAUAGACGAGAAUUUUAAAAACAAAUCUCCCAAAGGCUCAAAAAGUAGCAUCGGUAAAAGCAGUCCUGUGUAGUGUUCAUCAUAAGAAAGAAAAAACGUUUUCAAGUCAACAAAAGUGCGAUAAACAUUUUUCUUGUGUGAUUGGAGACAUCAAAACGUAAAGAAAAAUCGGCGAAAUCUUUCACGAUUUCUCAAAGUCAACUUUUUGCUAACUCGAUGUUUUGAUUCUAUGCUGUAUUUACAAAAAUAAAAGAAAAAAGCCAAACAUUCUACCGAACUUUUGUGGAAGAAUGUUAUAUAAAUAUACACCUUGCCUUUUGCUUCACAGAUGAAACUUGCCAAGAUGGGAGCUGGCGCAAGAACAGUGCAGAUUACCGAACUGCUUAACUAACAAUGAAAAAAAAAAAAAAAAAAACUGUUCUGCGUUUGCUGAUGUGGUUGUACUAGAAAAGCUAUAAUGAGGAUUGAAAAGGACCGACAAGUUUCUAAUGAUUAUUACCAUUUUUUUUUUUAAUUUCCUCUAUGUAAAAGUGUCUAUAGUAACUCCGCCAUAUUUCUACAAGCUUUAUUCUUUAAUCCGUGUUGUUGGAAUUACUAGCAUUUCCUACAGCGUACUUACUAUCUGUAUCUUCCCAGACUGUAAAAAUGCGAAAAAUAUUGAUAUCAUUUCAUUGGAAAAGAAUGGUCUUAAGCUUUAUUUUGUUGUAGUAUUUCAAUACCUAUUUAAGGGAGUUGUAGUUCCUUAUCACUGUAAAUGCAUGUAUUUUGUGCGACUCUUUACUUGACCUGUAUUUUAUCAUUCCAUGUUUGUUAUGUUCUUUCUUCCCCCUUCUAGUGAAUGAUUUUUAUUGUCGUUUUGUAUAAUACAACAUUUCAUGAGUUUUGUAAUUUGAUUCAUUGAUUGUAAUUGCAAAGAUAUAUAUACAUACGUGAGUAAAUAUACAUACAUAUAAUUUUCUAUGAAAGAAAUCAUUGUGAAGGUUUGUAGAUGAAAUUUGUAAUUAUGGAAUUUUAGAUGUUUCUACGGUUUAGUGUUGUUAUACUAUUAAGGAAUAAUUUCCUAAACUUACAAUGUGAUCUCAGAGGUGCCGGAGAGGUGUUUAAAACUCAAUGAAUUGAAAUAAUUAAUGUUAAUUACUGCUAAUUGGCUAAUAGAUUUUUUUUCCAAGUUUUGCUUCUAUGAUUUGGAAAGAAGAAACAAUGUCUUGAGAAGUGAGUUUCAAAAUUGUGUAUUGUUAAAUCCAAAACGGAUUUUGUUUUCAUAUGCACUUUAAACUACUCAUUAUUUUAUAAAAGAAAUGUAGUGAUAAAAACGGCCAUUAGUCUAUUCUACUUGUUUGCAUUUUAUGAUUACUAUUUUCAUCGUUACAUCUGCAUUGAAACAAUUUUGAGACUCGCUUCCCAGAAAGAAUGAAAGAAAAUUUUAAAAAUUCUUUUAAGCUGCUUUUAGCUUUUCAGCUGUGAUGUGUGCAUGAAAGAACGUAAGAAUAAACAUUCUUAAAUCAUA